UAUACUCGAGCGAGCUUUAAGGAUUAAGGAACUAGCCGUGAGCAGCAAGCAAACGGCAGUGAGCUCCGAUUUCAUCAACCGGGGAGACAAUAAGAACGGGAGACGAGGCGAGGCUUUGGUUUACCGGGACACAAAUAUUCCCUCCGAGUAGACAAAGGGAAGCCCGUCAGAGAGCCGUGUGUGAGUGUGUGUGUGUGUGUGAGUGUGUGUGAGUGUGUGUGUGUUUCCUGCGGGCUGCUGCUGCUGUACAGGACAGGGCGGGGCGGGGUGAUGUUUAGGUUCCGGUAUAAAGGCAGCGAGAAAAUGGGAACCAGACGAGAUGUGGAGCCCGCUGCCGAAGCUGUUGGUUCAUACCGGAGACUAGAAUGAGAAGUGGACCGUCCUGGUUUAACGGGGCGCCGGUGUAACCGUGUGGGGAGGCCGCUGGGCAGGUAGAGGAGAAGCGCCCCUCCACCCCUUGUACGUCAAUAAGAUGAGGACGCUAUUUCCGCUAUUCUGCUGUGUCUUCCUUAUUACCGGCGGAGCACACCGGGCCACCGGGAACCUAACUGUCGACAGCAGUAACGACACCAGCAGCAGCAGCAGCAGCAGCAGGUAUAUCGCGAUCGGCGACGGGUCAUCGCAGGAGUUUGAGUUUCCUGAAAACACCAACGGAGUGAUCGUGAUCUCCAGCCAGUACCGGAGCGCCGCGGCGAGCAGGAAGGGCCGCCAGAGCUGGAAGCAGACGGUGACAGUCCGCUCCCUGGACCCGGAGGUCCUCUCCAUACUUAAUGUGACGGAUAGCGGCCACGCAGGGCCGGCCAAGAGCUACAUUAUCAGCAUCCGCUCCGGGUUCCCAGGCAUGGCUCAGCUGCAGAUCCAGCUGCUGGACCUGGACCAGGACUCGGUGCCCGUUCUGGUCGAAGAGAGGACGGAUUACUCCAUCAGAGUGGCGCCUGGUACCGAUGACCCGGCCACCCGGCUCGUCCAGUCGGGUGGCCUGUCCCAUUUCUCUGAGAACCCCGUGCUGUUUGCCCUGCUGCCCCUCAUCUUCGUCAACAAGUGUGCGUUCGGCUGCAAAGUGGAAGUGGAGGUUCUGCGGGGUCUGCUGAGGAGACCCGUGCCACUGCUGCUCGGGGUGCUGGGUCAGUUCCUGGUGAUGCCGUUGUAUGCCUACUGUGUAUCCCAGCUGGCCUCGCUGCCCAAAGCGCUCUCCCUGGGCCUGGUCAUCACCUGCUCCGCCCCGGGGGGCGGCGGGGGCUACCUGUACAGCCUGCUGCUCGGAGGAGACGUCACCCUGGCGAUCUCCAUGACCCUGGUGUCCACCGUGGUGGCGGCGGCCGCCAUGCCUCUGUCGUCCGCGCUGUACGGUCGGCUCCUGGGCGUGCACGCUGCCCUGCACGUGCCCUUUGUGAAGAUCCUCGGCACCCUGCUGUUCAUCGCCAUCCCCAUCUCGCUGGGCAUGCUGGUCAAGCUGCGGCUGCCCGCCCUCACACGCGUCCUGCUGGCUCUCAUACGACCCUUCAGCUUCGCGCUCAUCGUGGGGGGCAUCUUCAUGGCCUACCAGAUGGGCGCGUCCAUCCUGGCCAACGUCAAGCCCCAGAUCGUGGCAGUAGGGGUGACCGUGCCUUUACUGGGGCUGUUGGUUGGGGCCAUCAUGGCCAAACUGGCGGGCCUGGCCCCAGCACUGAGGAAGACGGUCAGCAUCGAGGUGGGGGUCCAGAACAGCCUGCUGGCUCUCGCCGUCAUGCAGCUGUCCUUCCGCCGGGUGGAGGCGGACUUUGCGUCCCAGGCGCCCUUCAUCGUGGCCCUCAGCAGCACCUCGGAGAUGCUGCUCAUAGUUGUGGGGUACUACGCCCAGCGGAAGUUGUGUGGGUCUGUCGUCCCCAGGAGUGACGCCUGAUUGUAGCCACAGUUCUUUUUGUUUUUGUCAAGGGCAUCGGACUUGUGGGGGGGGAGGGCACUGAGUACCCAGGGC